AUGCAAGUGGGCUCGCAGCGCGUCGCGUCCGCGCGCCUCGACGACGUUCUGCACGUUGACAACGACGAGCUCCCAGCGAUCAAGCCCUUCGGCGACCUUGAGACGCUCCUCGUCGGCAAGCUCAGCGCGUCCGGCAUCUUCGCAUACGACGCUGUGUUCAAGCUCAACUGCUUCAACCUCGAGAACCGCGAAGAGCUUGCCCCGUACAUAACAGCGCUGGACGACGACGGCCUCUGGUGGAUGCUGCGCACCGCCGAUGUGGUCACCGACGACGGCAGCGUUCCGAUCUUUGUCCGGCUUCUGUGCUCUCGCAUCGUCAAGCUCAAGGUCCGUUUAGACUCCUUGACCGGUGUCGUGACGGAAGCGCUGAUGGCCAAGACCAGCUUUGCGACCUAUCCCCAUCGCUAGUCGGACAGUUUGAUCUUGUGUCAUGACCAAACUCUGGUGUCCGUCGGCAUCUCGUCCGGAGACACGUUGUCCGUCACCGUUGAUCAAUUCGGUGGCACUCUUCAUUCCCGCACGCAUUGUGCUCGUGUGACGACGUGGGUCGCUAGCUGUGCCGUCCGACGCAGCG